AUGGACCGCAUGACGCACCAGCGGCAAGUCAAAGAGCUAAAGGAACAAAGGUCUCUUCUGGAAGGUUGCAUUGCAGACGUCCUCGGGGAGUUGGACGAACUUCGUCAUGUGCUCCGUGAAAACGAGAUCAAGGGAGCCUAUUGCGCCCCAGUCUAUACACUGCCCAAUGAAAUCCUUGGUCUCAUCUUUCAAGAGGCAUAUGAACACAAGAUUGAUGAAGACUGCCCUGAUACCUGCAUCUUGAUUGCCACCCACGUCUCGCGCCGCUGGCGGCAAGUUGCAAUCUCCCUCCCGAGGUUGUGGAGGUGCAUACACAUCACCCUGUCCAAAUCUCUUCUAGAGCUCUACCUGGCCAGGUCUGGAACACUCCUGCUUGUUGUUCUGUGCAUUGGACAAGACUUGGUCACAAACGGUGAUGAGCCUGAGUGGACCAUCGACGAGUGGGAAAAUAACCCGUGGAUCUCACUAUAUGUGCAGCGUCUGAUCCACCUGCUCUGCUACGUGGAUCGCAUCGAGUUUAUCUUCAUUGAAGCCAGUGCUUACGGCCUUUUUGACCAGUUCCUUGAUGAGAUAGAAGACCUUGAAAUGCCGCUACUCAAUUUCUUGAAGCUGACAUUGUGA